AUGGAACGUGAAAACAUCGCCGGACCACCAUCUGCUCGACGCCCAUUGCAGCUCUGCGCGGAUCGCUCGCCUCUGCAAAUCCCUCCUCUAAGGACGGCACCACCGACGACACCUAUUGCAGACUCGAGCAGCGCGCCAGCGUCAACUCCGAGCUAUCUGUCGCUGCUGGAGCAGUUCCGACAAGCGCAGGCCCAGUCAGAGAACCUCGCCCCGCAAUGCCUGUCGCGGACAACACCAUCUGUGCCCUUACGAGGAGCAUCAAUCACCAGUCCUUCGUCCCUGGGUCCUGCCUUUGAGAGCCCUUUCCUCGACUCGCAUUCCUCUUUUCUCUUUCGGACGUUGACACCUCGGACCGGCCUUCCCAGCUCAGCGACUACGCCGUACAGUGCUAGCGCAUUCUCCGAAGCCACGCUGCCCUCGCCUGUCCCAGGCAAUACAGCUCUUUCGCCAACGGCUCCAACUGCGCGACAAUCCCUCCGUCGACCUGUAGCUCCGCGCGACCUCGGCGAAAGAUUAGCAGCUCGCAAAGUCUUCGAUCCCGUCGCUUCCGCACUCGUCGAGCAUCGCGGCACCAAGCGAAAAAGCUCCGCUACUGGCGCAUCGACUGAACUUGACGCCCCGCUGUCGAAAAGACCCUGUCGAGUGCGACGUGACGACCAGCAGAAAUUGGACCUGCUCUUCUGGUUUCUGAAGGAGGAGCUUAACUGGACAUUUGGAGAGAUGCUGUACAAGAGUAGUCUCUACGUCGCCUCGCGAGGAUCCGAGACACAAACCAAGAUGCUCACGCACUUCUUUGCUGGUCACGACAAAGAGUUUCCCGUCUCGCGCACGCUAUCGGUCUGGCUCAAGCACCCAUUUGGACGACACCCUCCUCGCGACCUGAUGUACUGCGUGGACCUUCCCUACACGGAGAUCAGGCAGAUGCGACCGGCCCUUACCUCGUUCUCCGCGCAGCUUGUGAAGCAGCAGCUUGUGCGCGAAGCGGAGGAGGCUAUCGAAGUCAAGAGCGGUCUGCACGUGUCUAUAGGAAAGAAGGAGCGAAAGAAUGUCAAGCCCCUGGUCUGGGACGACCUGGGGGUGGGCACGGUGGACCAUGUCCGCGGCAUCAUUCAGCGCACCCAACCCCUCCUGCUGAACUUUGUCUCCGAGCUCUGCUCUCGCAAGCCAAGAAGAGGCCUGCAUGGAGCCGUGGUUGUGCGUAAACAGCGCACUGUUUCAAAUGUUGCGACGCAAGUCAUAAGCUCCAUCGAUUUCACACGAUCCAACCACGCCAACCUCUUGCCUCUUGCUACAGGUGUUUUACACUUCGCCUGCCUUGCGCCUUUCGACAUAUUUCGCUGGGGAAGUCGUGUGGGCUCUAUGCCAUCCUACUCCACGAUUAAUCGAGCACUCGAGGGUCUCGCAACAGAUGCUGCUAAUAAGUCUCUGGCUUUUGGCCUUCGCUCCAACCGUGUCUCCGUCUUUCGCUUCGACAACGUUCAUACCUACCAUCUGCAUCGCGACGUGCGCGUUGGGCGCCAGAACGAGCUGCACACCGGUCUAUUUGGUGCUAUGUACGAGGCGGAGAGCUAUGUCGAUGCUACAGCCUUCAACAUCGCCGACAACGAUGCUGUGCGCAAGCGUGGCCUUCGAAAGACUGUGACAACUCGAAACCUCUUCAACAAGAUCGACCAGAAGCAUCUCAACAACGUCCUCACCCUCCAAUGGCUACGAGUCCUGGUGGACUACAUCCCCGAACUUGCAGAUCUCUCUGCAGCUGUCACGCACCUCUACCGCACCACCGCCGCUAUAAGCCCUCUUCCCCCUUGUCGCACCGUUGUGCGGCCGCUUGCGUGCGACGCUAAGAAUGAAACCCAUCUCGAGGAGCUGCGCGACUUCAUUCAGGACAUGUUCUCGCAGGGGGGCCUCACGCCGGAAACCGCGCAUAACCGGUUGAUCCCCUGCGGAGGCGAUGGCAUGAGCUACGAGCUGCUUCAUGUCUUGAAGUCUGUCCUUCGUGUCGAGGGAACCGAGUGGAGCAGGUUCGAAAAUCCGAAGCCCAUGCUUGAGGGUUGGCACCAGAAGUGGACCGAAGUAUGCGCUAUCCACGAAGAGCACUGGGGAGAUAGCCUUACGCGCGACUACUCGACUCUCGGGCACAGCGCUAGCCGGCUCGGUAGACGGCGCCCUGCAGACCUCAAGAAGGUUGACUUCAAGCAGGGCACGCAGCUCAUGUUCACCGUUGUCGACAGUCGCAUGCUUGACUGUUGGAGGCUGUACUUUAGUGCAGACGACAUAUUCGCGUACUUCGCCGACCUCAAACGACGCAACAAGCUGCCCGCCAUCGAGGAGCUCCAUGACAUCGCCAAGAAGCUAUGCUAUAGCUAUAUGUCGCAGGGAUUUGGAGGCGCGGUCAUGAGUGGCGAAGGAAUAGAGUCCAGCGCUAUCCCAAUCGGCGAACCAUGGGAUGGAAUCGUCCUCGAUGACUCGAGCAAGGACUACGACAUCAUCAAUCAAGGCAAAAUCGCUGCGCAUACCGGCUCUGCUAAGUCCAAGGCGCGAGGAAGGAAGAAGAUCAAGCUGGCUACACCGAUGGACUCGAAUAUCUCAUUCGCUGGCGACCACGCUCUUGCCGACUCGCGCCUGCUCAUGCGCAGUGUUGCCCUCCUUCGCGAAAGCAUACUUGCUUGCGCCGAGGGUGAUCCAGAACGUAUCCUGCAGAUAUCCAUCGUCCAACUAUUCCAGUUUGCCGGCUGCGCUCAUUCGAAGUACACUGAAUACCUCCUCGAGAUGAUCAUCGAUCUCGAGUACGAGUGUACUCCUCAGCUCCGAGCAGCACUUCUACAGGUCAGCCUCGUCAAUCUUUCCGGAAAACCUGGCGGCUUCGCGCACGGCGAUCUCAUUCAAGAGUACUUCAACCGCCUUCUGGAUGCCGUUGUGAAGCACAAAGGCGUCCCCCGCCAUUGCGACCCCGCUGCCCUCGCAGACAUGCAGAUUCUGCUACAGACGUACAAGGACCACGAGCUACACACCUUCAGGGCUGGUCGCCGCUUCUCCGACGAUGAUCACGACCGCUUUUCGAAGGGAUACGCGAAGCUCGACAACGGCAAACUGGACAGCUAUGUUACCAAGUCCCUUGCGCGUUGCGCCACCGCUCCCAUAGCGUCUGACCUGGCUGCCGAAGCGAGAUCAGAGAGUGCGACGACUCUAGCAGAUUCCGGACCGGAAGAAGCAGAUCCUGCUGAGGACGAUGAAUCGGCCGAGGAGGACCUCGCACAGGAUGUCGCACCGCUCGUCUUCGCAGAAGUUGUCGAGGGCGAGCUGAUUCUUUUCGAACCGAAUGUUCAAGCUCGGGCAGAAGAGCUCGUGCGGGACUGGGAGGCUGAGUUAGGGGACCUGUUAAAAGAGGGCGAAGGCGAAGAGGAGGAGAGUGACGAUAGCGAUAUAGAAUUACCAGAAGUUGACCGAGGGGAUUUGGACGAGACAGACGAGGAGUAG